AUGAUCGCGACCCGUCUAAAUAUUAUUGUUUUGCAACAGUUUAUUAUGAUUUGUGGAUCAAUUUUUAUUUGGUGGAAUUUAUCUCCAGCUGUUGAUAGUGUUUUGGGUGACUUACCCCUACAACUAUCAUGUAAAUAUUGGCGAACAGGCUGUGUUCAAAAUGCUCUAAAGGUUCCUAUAAUUCUUCUGUUAUUUCUUGCACAUAUCUGUUCGAUAUUUUACUAUCUUUGGAUUGGUGAAGAACCAAAUAUAUUUGCAAUGAUUGCACUAACAUCGGUUGCAGUGUAUAUAUACCUUAUAUUCUUCCUAUUCAUUUUUUUAUUAAUGCAAUCGGUAUUCCGUCUUAUACUACAUAUGGAUUCAAAGCACUUCAGAUUCAUAAGAUUGCUGGUAGCAAAUGAGCUUUUAAAUCGCCUUUUUGCUGUUGUAUUGGCAAUCGUUUUCGUUUUAGCGGGCCUUUGGGUUGCUCUAUUACCACCUGUUGUACGUCGUGUUACAAUCGAAAUCGAAAACUUACCAGAGGCGCAAAAAGACUUUACAAUAGCUCUUUUAUCUGAUCUCCAUAUUGGACCAACUGUUGGACGUUCAAAAGUCCAGAAGAUGGUGGAUAUUAUAAACCCCUUCAAACCGGAUAUGAUAGCUAUAUCUGGCGAUCUUGCGGAUGGUCUUGUGCGCAAUCUGGCAAAAGCUGCUUAUCCUUUAAUGAAUCUAACUUCAAAAUAUGGCAUAUAUUUUGUAACAGGCAACCAUGAAUAUCUUCAUGGAAAUGUUGAUGAAUGGUUCGUAUUUUUAAAGAAAAUCGAAAUCGUACCCCUCCAUAACAAAAACGAGAAAAUUUUGAUUGGAAAUUCCAGAAUUUGCAUUGCUGGUGCCGAUGAUUUGUUUGCGGAACACUCGAGACUUGCUGGACAUGUAAUGGAUUACAAAAAAGCAUUACGAGGAUGCAACAAAAAUGAUACAACAAUUAUGCUCAUUCACCAACCUAAUGCUGUUCGCAUAAUACUGAAUGACGUUGAAACCGCUAAAAACAUUGAUCUUAUUCUGUCAGGUCACACACAUGCCGGGCAGAUGUAUGUAUUCGUACCGCUGGUGUAUUUUUGGAAUGCAUAUUUCCGUGGUCUUUAUUAUAAUAAGGUUACACAAACAUAUGUUUAUGUUUCAGCAGGUGUCAAUUAUUUUGGCCCACCAGUUAAAGUUUUUGACGGAAGUGAAAUAAUUCUCAUCAAAUUAGUAUAG